CCGGUCGCCGCGGUUGCGCUUCAAACAAUUUACCAGCCUGGGGAUUGAACUGGAAUUACUUAUUGUCACGCUAAGCUAAGGUGUAAUUUCUGCCGGCGCAAAAUUGUCACUUUCAGUACGCUCACGACGAUGAAGUUGUCAACACCUUUAUUAAUUAUAACCAUUUGUUAUAAUCAAUUGGUUUGGGGAAUUAAUGUGCGUUCCAAUUUGGAUUUUGAUGAUGCGCAGAAUAAACCGAGGAUAAUCGAAAGAGUCUACGCGUUGGAAGAUAAAAAUAACAAUGCGCAGCCAAAGAUUGGCGUCGUUUGUGCGUCUGGCGGGUGUAACACCACCACAACGUCGACAAAAGACCCCAAGGGCACUGACUCUCUGUCUGCCGAUGUGGUUGUGCAAGUUCAAGUGAAUGCAAAUGACGCAAAAACAAAUAAACCUGAAUCGAAAGAAACCAUAGUGAAAUCGAUGGAUAAAGAAGAUGAAGACAUUCCAGAUGUGCCCGUGGUGAUAGGCUACGGGGGCGGCAAUGCAGCCACCCCACAAGAACACAUUAUACGACCGGAUAAUCCACAUCAACACUUUCAUUACAACCAGCAUAAUUUUCCGCAGGAUCAUGUCCGCACCGGGGGCGGUUUCGUCCCCUCGUUGGGGGUGAGCGUUGAGUUUAAACCACGGGGGCAUUAUCCAAAUGAUUAUACGAAAUAUCACACCAAUGGCAACGGGUAUGGAUACGGAGUUGUACAACGCCCCAGUUGGAAUUACAAUAGCAAUCCAGCACCGUGGUAUCGGCGGGUGACAGCGCCGCCACCGCCGCCGCCGACCACGUGCAUCUGUCAUCCGAAUUCGGUGUGGUCAGGAACCACACCACCGCCGUAUGUUAAUUUUAAUAAUCCUGGAAAGCAAAUUAAUGAUAAAUUAGCACCGCUUCAUUAAAAUUUUCAAGUUUUUUGUAUUUUUUGUGGGUAAAUAUUAAAUCUAUGUAUGUUUGUGUUUAA